UCUCUCUCUCUCUCUCUCUCUCUCUCUCUCACACACGGAAUUCGAUCGAUUGGAUGGAGAUGGAAUAUGCGAGGGAGUUUCCGUACAACCACACGGAUCGGCGACCUAGGAAGCGACCGAGGUUAGCAUGGGACCUCUCGCAUACUCCAAAGGCCCAAUCUGGAAUAAAUUAUGGGCAAGUCCUCGGAAAUGUGUCAAGCUUUGGACAUUCAAGGGUACACUCGGAUCAUGCUAGUCUAUUUGUGAAGGAACUGGCUCAAAAAGGCUCUCCACCAUGGCGACAUGAUGACAAGGAUGGACAUUACAUGUUUGAGCUUGGAGAGAAUUUAACUUCUCACUAUAAGAUCCUCAGAAAAAUUGGUGAAGGUACCUUUGGUCAGGUUUUGGAAUGCUGGGAUAGAGAAGCGAAAGAGAUGGUUGCAAUUAAAAUAGUCCGAAGUAUUAAGAAGUAUCGUGAAGCUGCAAUGAUAGAAAUUGAUGUUCUCCAAUUGCUUGGAAGAUAUGAUCGAUAUGGCAGUCGUUGUGUACAAUUACGGAACUGGUUUGACUAUCGUAAUCAUGUUUGUUUAGUAUUUGAGAAGCUUGGACCAAGCUUAUUCGAUUUUCUUCGGAAAAACAAUUAUCGCUCAUUUCCGGUUGAUCUAGUCCGUGAGAUUGGCAGACAACUGUUGGAAUGUGUAGCAUUCAUGCAUGCAAUGCACCUCAUCCAUACGGAUUUGAAGCCUGAGAACAUACUUUUUGUUUCUCCAGAGUAUGUGAAAAUACCCGACUACAAGGUACAUUUUACAUCUAUUGUGAAGAUCUCAAUGAUGCUCCUUGACUAA